CAACUUCGUAGUACGCUUGAAUAGUCAUCAUAAUAUUGUGCAGUUUAUUAAUUAUUUGGAUUAAUUUCGUGUUUAAAAAUAAUUCUAACAUGUCAGUUUAUCAUCGUUCUACUGCAAAAAGUCGAAUUCUGCAAGAAUAUCGUGAACGUGAAGAAGAAAUUUCAGCGGCAUUGUCAAGGCAAAUUAGUCACAAAAAUGGUGUUGAAGGUGAGAAACGUCUACGUAGGGCCAUUGCCAACAGCAAUGAAAGGCGUAGAAUGCAGAGCAUAAAUCAUGGUUUCCAGUUACUGAGGACCCUUCUACCACACAGUGAGGGUGAAAAACUUAGCAAGGCUGCAAUAUUACAGCAGACCACCGAGUUUAUUCACAACCUUGAACAGGAUAAUGCAAAGUUGUCCGCACAGAAUAACGCAUACAAACGUCUCCUUGGAGAAGUGAGUCGAAAAUGCAACAUCGACUUGGAGCUUGAUAUAUCUCUGUAUGGGGGCUCGCCUCCGCUAAAACGUAAAAAACGAGACACAGAGUCAUCAGAUGAAGGUAUUACUGCUGACUAUGAGGAUUUCAAGCAUGAGGACAUUCGGCGUGAAGUGGGUCUGCUCCGCCAGCAGCUAGACAAAGAGAGGCAGCGUCGCAUGUACCUGGAGCUACACGCCAAUAGGCACUACACCACACCUGAGAGUGUACAACCACUGACAACGCCAGUGGAGCCGCCGCCACUGACCACACCUGUGGAGCCACCAGUGCCCACUCCCCUACCACCGCUCCAGCCGGUUAUAGAAAAGCCUGUUGAAGAUUGCAACCCAGAGCCUAUGUCCGUGUACCCACCCGUCCAGGUGGAACAAGAGCCCGACCAUCGUGUGCCAGGUUCCCCCAAACACAAGCCAGAUGCCCAAGGCUUAAACACCCAUUUCCGUAGCUACCUGGAGACUCUCUCUGAGGCUGCCCGUCUCGUGGAAAGCAAAACGGAUGAGCCCGCCAAGCCCCCAUGCUCCAAGGCCCUUGCUGCUGUUACCACAGACCAUGCACAGCUACAGUUUUAUGCUCCACAUGGUACAGACAGUGAAGAUAACACAUAUAUCACCAGUGACCAAGAAGACUUGCACUCAGAAUGCUCUGGUAGAGACUCGCCCUCAGCUCAUAGCUAUGUAAGACUUCAGAGUGCACACUGUCUGAGAGUGCAACCAGUGUCAGCGCCACAAUUGACUUCACCAAAACUUCUUCUUUCCAAUUCAAACUAUUCUGAAAAGUACCCAGCAGUUGCAAAUGUUCUACAAGGGAAUUCACCGCAAGUUCAAAUGUAUUACAGACCAGGAGUUAUUGUGCAGAAAUCGUAGUGUCAACUAGCGCCAGAAUCACUCCUGAUCAUUUAUCAUGUUCCAUAUCACAUCUAUUUAUUACUGUAACAGUUAUUCACAAUUAUUCGUUUGUACUUGUAUAAAGACUUCAUUACUUCAAACAUUGCAUAUAUAUUUCACUGCCAAUUUCCGUAUGAUCACAGUGCUAUUUUCAUGCAUCAUAAUUACUUGAUUCCAAUUUGUUUCGUCCUUCUGUUUGUUUGUAAAGAUGAAUAAUCUGUUGGAAGUAUUGUUUCUUAGAAUUAGGAUCUUGACUCCCUGACAUGUUUCUGUAGAUUUGAUAAAAAAUUUAAACAAAGUUAAUUUGAAGAGAAAUACUUUCUGGAAUAGUUUUGUAUAUAGUUACAUUUAUAAGUUUGAAAUGAUUGUUAAAGCUUACAUUGUGUGAUUUGUUACAAAGAUGUAUAAAUGUCAUUUUUAUUCAUUUCAUUUAAUUGAUGCUCAAUAUAUGUUACCUUUUGUACAUAAACAUUGACUAUAGAGGAGUUCUCACAUUGGUGUAUGUGUACACACCACUUACAGACACAUUCUUAAAAAAACGAACCUUGAUAUUCAAUGACAAAUAGAGAAAAAAAUAUGCAAAGUCAAGAUUCAUAUGAUAAUGAGCCAUUUAUGAUAAAAAAAACUCUGUUUUUACAAGUAACAUCAGAGGUAAGGAUUCUUUUGAAGAAAGAAUUAAGAAGUUUUAUGAAUACCGGCGCUGGUACAUUAGCACUAACUCCAGUAAGCCUUUUCACAGUUUUGUUUUAGAUAAUAAACUGAGAAACAGUAAACUAAACUGAUUCGGCUGUGAAAUGCUGUAAGUCAUGUGUGUAAUAUUUGCUUUGCGUUAUCAUAAUGAAGACUGUUCAAUGUGUACUUCUUUUUUCAAUGUAGUGGCAUAUUAGAAAUCAAAAUGAAAACUCGAUAAUUACGUUAUGAAAAUAUUUCUGCCUUUGUGGCCAACGUUUAUCAUGUUUCAUAUUUGAAAAUCAAAUUAAUAUCUUACUGUAAUUAAAGAAUUAUAAACUACUGUAAGAUAACAAUAGAAACAUUACAGCUGUACUUAAUAUUAUUUUUUUGUGUAAGUGAUGGAAGUUUUCUUUAUUACUUGUCAUUGUUUUAUUACGGGUUUUGAAUUCGAGACAAUGCGAAGCAAUGCAAAGUGUACAGUAUAUGUUUUAACUUUAGCUUUGGUUUGUGAUCAAAUGCAGGUCUAUAAUUAGUAAAUGUUGUAAAAAUGACCAGCUCCUAAUAUGGUUUUAUAUCAGUCAUAUUUGAAAACGAGAAUAGACAUGGAUACAAUGAAUAAGUGUCAAUUAAAUGUGGGUGAUUGUGCACUUCUUUUUUAUCAUAAUUCAUUUCAUACCUGUCAUAUUAUUGUUUUUACUGCCCAUAGGCAAUAUAGAAUACGCAAAGUACCUGACCAUGGUUGGGCAUUAGCAAAGACUCUGCCCAUGGGUAACUGGGCAUAAAAAUAUUUCUGUAGGCAUUCAGUCUGAGCAGCAUUUGUCAACUUCCAUAGGGCAUUUUAUAUGAACUUCUUCUACCACUGCGUACUUACAGGCAGCAGACCAUUCUUGUACCAAUAACACAAUCUAUUGACAUUUAAUUUCACAUGACCUGUUCACUAUCAUAUAUCAUCAUGGUCAGGAGCUUUCUGUACUUGAGUAAUCGUUACAUUCAUGUGAUAUAUGUGCUAUAAUCAUCCGACCAGUCACCCAAAAUGAUUUUAUUAUCAUUCAUGUGUAAAUAUAAACAUUCAUCAUACUCUAUUUAUAAAGAAUUAUUGUUAUAUUUUAUUCCUGUGUAUAAUGUAGUGUAUUGUCUGUACGCCCUUAAACUCUUGCGUAGAACCUUUUUUCUUUCUUUAACAGUAGAAUUACAUUGCUUAGAAUUGUAAAGAUCUUUGUGCUAGAACUCCUAAUAAUGACAAUAGAAUACUAUUAUAGCAUGAACUGAAUUGAACCAUGAUUUAUUCAUCGGUUGUUACAAUUGUAAGGUACAUUGUUGUUUAUUAGAAUUCAAUUGUCAAAGCAAAAUUAAUGCCCCAAUCGGACAGCCAUUGGAAAGACAUCUUUACUUUCUAAGCUCUGUGAAACACUUUGUAUAUUUAUAGGCUGCUUUCACAGGAAUUAAUAAAAUCCACAGACUGCCAAAACAUGUGCGAGUCUUGGGUUAACAAGUAUAUAUAUAUUUAAAUGUGUGUUGAGCAAAUGUUUCCUACAGUAGUUGUACCGUUAACUAUAAAAUGCCUUUCUUUGACAAAAUGUGUUCCAUCAAAAAGGCUAUUUUGGUACUUCUCCCGUACGUGAAGGUCAGUAUUUAAAGGUCGUUGCACAUCCGAACACGUUGAAUGUCAGAGGAUGGGUUGUACAGCUGUUUGUCAGACAUAGUGCUAUUUGAGAUGAAAAAAGCAUGACUUUUAGAUGCUAGCAUCACUGAUUUCUUAUCAAUUUCAUUUACUGAAUUAUUUUAUUAACGUUUUGCUUCAUAUGAGAAUGUUUAGAAUAAUUUUAAAAGAAAAAGUUGUUAAUUGAACUCGGUGAUUGUUAUUAUUUGUAAGGGAUGCUUUUAUCAUGAUCAAACAUAAUAUGAGAUGCUUCAGUAACUGUAUGGGUUGCUAUGUAUACUAAAGAAUAAACGUUGUGAAUAUGACAUUU